AUGUCUCUCUCAUUUCUUCGCAAACUCGCUCCCAAACCCCUUAUUCCCCGAUCUCUUGUCUCCCUAACCUCCACCGCUUCCUUCUCCACCUUCCCGGAAGUGCCAACCUCCGCCUACUAUGACGACCUUGUCAACGCCGCCGGCCAUAACAGAGACUUAGACACGCUCCAUUACCUCCUCAACAAGCGCAUCAGAGACCACUGCUUCAACACCACCAGCACCUUCAAAUUCAUAACCAACACCGAAACUUCUCUGUCCAUCCUCACCGACCUCAUCAAAACCUUAGCUCGCCUGGACAAUGGCUUCCCUCGCAAGAGCGCGUUUGAAGCGCUCAUCGCCCGUCUCUGCAAACUCGAUCGGGUGGACGAGUCCCUAAAUGUUGUGGAUUUCAUGGCGCGUGGCAAGUUUGGAUUAAAUGCCGGUACCUUUCACCCCAUAAUCUGCUGUCUAACUAGGAAGAAGAAUAUGGAACGCUCGUGGCGCCUGAUAGAGAUAAUGAGAGAGCUUGGAGUUUUGCCUGAUAUAACGUCGCUUAAUUAUUUGUUAACAGCGUAUUGUUUCAAAGGGGAUUUAACGGCGGCAAGCGGAGUUAUGAAGAGGAUCGAAGAGGAGGGAUUGUGUGUGGACUCGCGUACUCAUGACGCGCUGGUUUUGGGCGCGUGUAAGACGGGGAAAGUGGAAGGGGCGUUGGUGGUGCUGAGGAGGAUGGAGGAUGAUGGAGUGCCGGUGUUGUAUUCGACACACGCGCACGUGAUCAAUGCGUUGUUGAAGCAAGGGUAUUAUGAUCAGGCAGUUAAGUUUGUUUUAAUUUGUGGAGGGAAAGAGAAGGGUUUGGAUACUGAGAAUUUUGGGAUUUUAGGUAGUAAGUUGAUUAAGUUGGAGAGGCUUAAAGAAGCUAAGUUUGUUUUGGAGGAAAUGGAGAAAAGGGGUUUGUUCAUGGGUGAUAAAUUGUCGGAAUAUUAUAACUUGAAUCUUAAAAAUCUUCAAUAG